AUGGACGAUACUCCUCCGAGAAAACCAGGUCUUGGGUCACGUCUCGCGACUGCGCUGAGACCAAAGCAGUCCGGGAGACGGUUGGUGAAAAAGUCUACCGUCAACCUCAGAGAAGCUGCCGUUUCGAAGGAUUUACCAUUGAAGAAAGAUUCCUUCUCCACCUCUUCCACUCGGACAAAUAAUCAGGCUCAAAAUGAGUUUUCUCCAAAUGUUGACAUUCAAACCGGAGAACGCCAGGAUUAUACCGCCUUGAUUCAUGGCUUAGGCCACCAAGGCUCGUUCGACUCGCUCAAAUCUGUCUCUAGGCUAGAUCCGCAGAGGCUAGACCCCAAUACGAAAGCAGGGGAUCGCAGGGUAGCUAGUCUAUCUGAAGUACUAUGGAAUCGAAUUUGUAGGCACUUGUCACCCUCUGGUGUUGCUAGUCUUGCAUUCGCAAGCAAAACACUUCGAUAUCGCCUUGGACCCGAAGCCUGGAUCGCCCUCAAUCGUCCUGAAAAUGAACAGUUCAAGACCGAAUUUUUGGUUUCCUUGGACAGCCAACUUCCGGACCAUCUGUUAUGUUUCCGAUGCAUAACUUACCACCGCAGAGUUCAGAAGGGGCACGAGCAACUGAGAGCCACCGCGACCACGAAUCCUCUGUUCAUCUGUCCUUGGGCUUCAGAACCAACCCAAAUCCCACUGCGGAUGCGCCUAACUCCAGGUCAUACCCUUCCAUUUACAUUCGUUCAACUCGUCAUGCGAGCUCAUCGCUAUGGACCUGAAUAUGGAAUUCCUCCAGAGUCCCUCAGUCGACGCUGGAGAAGCCGCGAGAGUGAAUGGUCCCAUCAGUCAAGAUACUAUAUCGAUAAGGGCCAUUUAUUACUUCGAGUCGUCAGUAAGAGUUUUGCUGAGCCAUGUCUUCCACCAAGUGGCUUGCGGCACCUUCUGUACUCGCGAGAAGAUUACUUUCCGUACUUUUCUGCUUGUGCUCACUGGAGAGAUGGUGAGCUCAUGAACAACUGCAAAUGUGCAUUGAGUCACAUACCGAAGCCGAAAGAAACAAUAGCACAGCAGCUGCGCACUGGACCGCAGAUCAACAAUGCUAUCCGCCAUGUAAAUGCUAUCGUCAGUUUGUGCGGGAAAUGCCGACCCAUGCGGAGAUGCCCUGAUUGUCCGACGGAAUAUCUCAUCGAAAUUAGGUUCGAAGAGGAUAAGAACGAUCCGGUCAAUAAGUUCAAGCAAUCGAUUGUUGUCACUAGGUGGAGCGAUCUGGGGGAUGGGACCACACCGCUAUCAGGGGAAUGGUUUGCUUGCGAUCGGGAGACGGAUUACGACUCCUUCGCUACCAUCGGGAGAAGAGGCAUUUCAGGAAUUUUUGAGGCUCAAUCUGGGGUUGCUAUUCCAGGUCAGAGGAUGCUUUCUCUGAAUCCAGAGAAUACGAAAUUGGGAGAAAAAGGUCACAAUUGGUAUUGA